GUCAGGCUGUGACAGCCUAAAGCAAUGAUGCCUCUAUUGGUUCUGAUGAGCCUCAUACAGCUGUUGUCCCGAUUGGAGUUGACAGAAGCCGCCCUGAUGCAACACAGCCGUCCGGGAGCCACGGCUCCAGGAGACAUCAUCAUCGGAGGGCUUUUUCCAAUUCAUGAGACGGUGAUGAACUACACAGACUUGUACAGCAUCUCUCCGCCGCAGCUUCCUAACUGCAGCAGAUUUUACACAAGAGGUCUAACUCAGGCCCUCGCCAUGAUUCAUUCUGUUGAAGUGGCGAACAGAUCCCCCAUGCUAACUAGUUUGAACAUCACUCUUGGAUACCGCCUUCACGACACAUGUUACGAUGUCACCACGGCUCUCUGGGCCGUCCAAGAUUUCACACAGUCAUUCCUGGCCUGCGAUUCAUCAACAAAGUUUUCUGACCCUCCCAAACCGACGAUGGCUGUCAUCGGGACGUCCUCCUCUGAGAUCUCCAUUGCGGUCGCCCGGGAACUCAACCUGUUAUUAAUCCCACAGAUUAGUUACGCAUCAACGGCCGCCAUUCUGAGCGACAAAAGUCGUUUCCCUGCUUUCAUGAGGACCGUCCCCAACGAUCUGUACCAAACCAGGGCAAUGGUCAAACUCUUACGGGACAGGAACUGGAAUUGGGUUGGCAUUAUCGUUACUGACGGAGACUAUGGGCGUUCCGCCAUGGAAACGUUUGUUUCUCAGGCUACGCAAGAAGGAAUUUGCGUGGCCUUCAAGGAAGUUCUUCCUGACUCGCUUACGGACCAAGAAAAAUUGAAUUCGUCGAUCAACCGCACCGUGAACACCAUCGCGAAUAACCCUAAGGUUAAAGUGGUGGUCUCCUUUGCUAAAUCCGCUCAGAUGAAAAUGAUAUUCAUGGGUCUGAAUGGGAAAGUCUCAAAUGAGAGGGUGUGGGUGGCAAGUGACAACUGGUCGACGGCUACAGAUAUUCUAAGAGAGGUAGACCUCAAAUAUAUUGGAGAUGUACUGGGCUUCACCUUCAAGAGUGGCAAUGUUUCAGUCUUCACUGAAUACCUUAAGGAUCUACCGCGCAACAGUGAGGAUGAGAUAAAUUUAUUUCUGAAGGAGUUCAUAAGAGAGCCGAAUGUAGGGAAUAUUACGGUGGCGGUAAAUGAACUCUUAAAGAAUUUCAUUCCGGACAUGGUCUUCAGCAUUGAGUUGGCUGUAGGUGCUCUCGCAAAGGCUGUGGCUAAACUUUGCAUUAAACAACAAUGCAAGAACCAAACAGCUGUUCAGCCCUGGGAGCUCCUUGCACAGCUGAGAAACGUCACUUUUGAGAAUGAGGGUGCGAUGUACAACUUCGAUUUGAACGGCGACAUUAAUUUGGGAUAUGAUGUCUAUAUAUGGCAGGAAACUAAAAAUGAAGUAUAUAAAGGAGAUAGAAUAGCUGAAUAUGAUCUAUUAUACGCCAAUUUCACUUAUAUCGAAAAUCAUCAAUAUGCUUUUGUGAAUGUGACAUCGAAGUGUUCGAACAGCUGUGAGCCAGGGGAGUUUAAGAAGACAGCAGAUGGCCAGCACACUUGCUGUUACGAAUGCAGCAAAUGUCCAGAAAACCACUUCUCCAAUAGCACAGACAUGGGCCAGUGUUACUCGUGUGACAAGGACAAGGAGUGGUCAGACUCUGGAAGCUCAGGGUGUAAUUCUAAGACCCAUGAGUACUUUGAGUGGAAUAGUGGGUUUGCUAUAGUCCUCUUGACCCUGGCUGCGCUCGGCAUCAUCUUCCUCUUCUUGAUCUCUGCACUGUUCAUCUGGCAGAGGAACUCUCCUGUGGUAAAGGCCGCAGGCGGGCCGCUCUGUCAUCUAAUCCUCCUCUCCCUGCUGGGCAGUUUCGUCAGCGUUGUCUUCUUUGUGGGCGAGCCGAGCGACAUGACGUGUAAGGUGAGGCAGGUCCUCUUCGGUUUGAGCUUCACGGUGUGCGUCUCAUGUAUCCUGGUCAAGUCCUUGAAGAUCCUCCUGGCAUUUCAGAUGAACUUGGAGCUGAAGGAGCUGCUGUGCAAGUUGUACAAGCCGUACGUGAUCGUCUGCAUCUGCACGGCGGUGCAGGUCAUCAUUUGCACCCUUUGGCUGACCUUGUGCAGUCCUUCUAAAGACAAAGUCAAACAUUCCAAAUCCAUUCUGAUGGAGUGUAAGGAGUGUUCGGAAGUGGCAUUUGGGGUGAUGCUGGGCUACAUCGUUUUGUUGGCUCUAGUGUGUUUCACGUUCGCUUACAUAGGCAGAAAACUUCCGCAGAAAUACAACGACUCAAAGUUCAUCACAUUUGGUAUGCUCAUCUACCUCAUGGCCUGGGUCAUCUUUAUACCCGUGCAUCUUACCACAAGUGGCAAAUACGUACCAGCUGUUGAGAUGGUUGUCAUCCUCAUCUCCAACUAUGGAAUCCUGAGCUGCCACUUCUUGCCGAAAUGUUACGUGAUCCUUUUCAAAAAGGAGCACAAUACCAGAGAUGCGUUUUUGAAGAAUGUUUACGAGUAUGCCAGAAAAAGUGCAGAGAAUAUCAGGAGCUUGAGUGAAACUGAGCCAGAGAGCAAGACCAAUAGUUCAGUCUAUAUCAUAUCCAAUCCCCAACUUGUAUCUCCACUUGAAAAUAUUUCUGCAUAAAAAAACUAUUUUAAAAGUUUAGUUGCUAGGGGUGAGUGGCACCAUUUGAUGUAACAUUUUAUUAUAAGACAUUUAAAUCUUAAGAUCUAGAAGAGAUUUAUCGACGAUAAAAACAAAUAUAUAUGUCUAUACUGUAUAUAACCCUGUUAUUUAUAACUGUUUUAUGAGCUCGUAGAUUGGUACGCAAAUAAACGUGUAAAAACAGAAUCCAGUUAUGAUUUCUUUUAUCAAAACAAACAGAAAACCAUCAACUAUCAACCACCAACUAUUCAAUCUUAUAAGAUUUAAA